AUGCAGACCGAAAAAAUGCGGGUGUUUGUCGAAGCACCGCCCAUAACCCCAGGAGGGGUACGGAGAAGACUUGUGGUGCCUAUAUUGCGAACGAAGACCGUGGCGGAUUUUGCAGAAGUGGUAGCGCGCCGAAUUGCGCUGAACAACGAUUCAGCUUCGGAUCUCACCCUUACUUUGGCUGACGGUUCGAUGCUCUUUCCGGAAGAUGAGAUACAAGACGUGGUCCAAGCGGAAGAUGUCGUGCAUAUCAAUUUUGCGCACAACCAGGAGACUGGCAACUCUUACCCUAUCUUGAGCCCCAAUAGCAACACGCAGCCUACAUCCUCGACAAAUCCACCCCAAAUGUCUCGGGACGCACCAGAACACAGACGAAACGAAGACACGUCCGCGUCUUUCACUUCAUCGAGCAGCGAAAAGCGAGUACGGAUUGCCUUGGUCACACCGAAAUUGGCGAGAAAUGUUGGAAAUGCAGACAUUGCCAGGGAAAUGGCGUUCGGAGGCAGUGCUGUUAGUGUCAAGCUCACUAUGGACAUUGUGCGCAGGGAGGCCGCGCGCACCUUAGGAUGGCUGGAGAAUCAUGAUGUGACGGAUGUAGAUCGGCCCACAAACUCAGCGUGCGAUCACAUUCAUGGAAGCUGCGCCUGCACUGUUGCUAACCAAAUUGUCGCGCAGGGGCGAUUCGAACAGUUUCACUGCCCGAGAGAAAUAGAUGGGACCGUUUGCGAUGACACAACUUGUCCUUACUCACACGCGGCCAUGGCGUCGGGAGAUUUGACAGGCCAUAUUGCCGAUAUCCAGUGUAAAAUUUGCACUGAGCUAUUUGGAUUUGCUUGCGAGAAAUAUUGUCCUCUAGUGCAGAAUGCAGGUUGCAAGCACAUCUUCCAUGCCCACUGUUAUUUUGCCAAGACUUUCAGAUCUCAAGGAUGCCCUGCUGGCUGUACGACUUCAUCUAUCGGUGUCGAGGCCAUACCCUUUGACAUGCAAGUACCGCAUCUGGUUGUGGUCCAUUCUGGAUCAAUUGUUGAGAAAGUGCCAAUACCCAUGCGCUAUCUUGCUGAACAUGGCGCGCAGAUAGAGCUGACAGAUGAAGAUGUGAUGAAUAUCCUUGCCUCUAAGUACUCAGAUCUCGGUCCCGGGCUUGUGGUCAGAAUGUACGGCAGGAAGUUUACAGGCAUGGUUUCAUUCCGACACUCAACUGUCGUCUCUAUCUGCUGUGCCUCUCGACAUGACGUGGAUGGCAUCCAGCGUUUCGCCUUGAACGGGCCUCCUCUUCCGGUGCUAAGUUCCCGCAGUGCAGUAGAUCUGCAUACCGCGUUCUCGCCGAUCUUGAAUGAAGCACCUUAUCUAACAAUUGAGGACCUUAUGCUGGACUAUGAUAUCCCCGAUGGCGAUGAGAUCGUCCUAUACGUCAACAAAAGGCCUAAGAUCAACACGAAGCCUAACACUGAGCAGCGAGUGGGGAAAGCAGCUGUAUACACGGCACGGGAUGAUUGGCAACCCGUAGUACGGCAGACAGAUCGAGGAAUGGCCGCGUUUCUGUCGUCACUGCUAGUGUUUGCGAAUUACCUGUCUGUAGCCGGUAACAGUAACGAGGAAAAGAAUAUGCAGAAUCGAGUUCUCAACCACUUACUAGCCUUGACGCGGUUCCCCCCUGCUGUGAGGGCGCUAUAUAUCUUGACACUGAAUGAAAGUCUUCUCCCCGAAGAAAUGCACGCUCUGAGCGAGACUGUCUACCAUCUCGCCCUUGACGUGUCGCAUCCGUUCGUUACGAAGGGAGACCUGUCUCGGGCGUUUGAAGGUGCACGCGUCUUGUUUGGCGUGCUGAUCGAGCGCACAAAGGGAGUGUUUACGUUCCCUGAGAGUGAUGUAAGAGCUUCUCAGUCAAAGCUCUUCUCUAAGGUUUUACUCUCCUGUGGCCUUUCUGGAGAGCCUCUUGACGAUGCUGUCCUUUAUGGUGACAUCCUCGUCAACCGUGCUGCGGUGUCAAUUAGAAGGCUGGGAGGGGUUCUGUUUGACCCGUCCGUCGGCACACCUGAAGUCACCCCAGUUCCUAUCCACGUUCAGCGUCUGAUUCAAUCCUCGGGGAGAAAAACAUCACAACUUAUUGUAUUCAAUGACAGUGUCGAACCUGUUACAAUUCUAACUCACUCCCUGAGGCCCAGCACCCUCGCCGCCGGAAUCGACAAAGCAAAUGUGGAGCUGCAGAUUCAUGCUCCAUUGAGCCUUCGCGAGGUUGUCACACCCGCACUUACUCUAGAUGAAGUAGGGUUCAACGCUGUGUACAUUGCGCGUGCUGCACCAUGCUCUGAUGGUGGAGAGGAUGGCUUUUUACUGCGGCCUUGCCAUGGGGGCGAAGUUGGGUUAGACGUCAAUCUAGUGGCGACAAAGUUGCAACCAAUUAUUGAGAGACGGAAAGCAAUCGGCGAAUGGGACAUUGAUGCUUUUGGGGCAUCGCGAACUGAUCGUUUGGACACAAGAGAGAUUGAAGAAGCCAUUGUUGUUGCGCUGGAUGUGUCACGUUCUAUGGAGCAGAAAUUUGAUGGUGAUAGUGACGAUGAGGAUAGUCAAGUGGAUUUUGAUGAGAUUGCUUUGAACAAGGCCAUGGAAGAAUUCUCGAAACGCCAUCAUCAGGCGAGUGAUGCACUUAUGCAAGCGAAGAUGUUUCUCACGAGUUUGGACUGCCUUGCUAGUGUGACACGCUAUAUAUGCCAUGGAGAGACAACAUUGCAUUCUGGAUCUGGUCGUCAACCACGUGUGAGGGCGGAAGAGGCUCUCAAAGAAUUAGUAGUCAUAUAUUCUCGGAUGCAUUCGGCACAAUUCCGAGUUAUGGAGUUUGCUCCGAUAAGAUCCUUCAACCUAUCGCGAUGGGAGGAUUUCAUUGCUGUGGCUACUGAUAACCUCACGAAACCACAGCUUCUGACCUACCUAGUGCAACAGGCCGCGGCGAUCAAAGAAAACGAGAACCUUCUUGCUUCAAAUGGAGUCCCUAAAAGAUUUAUUGAUCCUCUUAGUGGAGAAGUUAUGGUCGACCCAGUCCGUGCAAGUGAUGGAGUCAUUUACGAGCGAUCUCGGAUUAAUGCUUGGCUUGAACAUCGCUCAACGUCACCUAUGGAUCCAACAGUACUCAUUAAUUCGACUCUCGUUGCCAUCAGUAGUCUGCACAAUCCGAUUCGAACUUUCCUGGGUGGACGGCCCCGUGCAUCCUUGCAACAACAUCAGCAACCCUUGCUUAUCCGCGUGAAAACCAUGUGGGGUCGUGUGCUAGAGUACGUUCUCAACACCGAGGCGAACACUAUUCUAUCCGUCCUCUUUGAAAACUGGUUGUUCACUGGUCGCGCACCUUCAGUUUCAUGUUUAUGGCAUGGGUUGACGGAUUGCGGUGACGGAAGCAUGCGUGGGCGACGGCUCGAACCAGCGUCCUCUUUACGUAGCUUGCCAUCUCAAAUGCAAGUAUUCAGGUCUACAGAAGGCCUUGGGUUUUCUCUCGAUGUUGUGGAGCUCAAUCACCGAGUGUGGAGACAUGUCCCUGACAACGCUGAUCGUAUACGGAAGGAUUCGAGAUCGAUGAGCAGGUUGGAUAUAGUGAAGCAAGCCUUUGAGGCAUUCGUCAACAAAUCUGAGGCCUUUGACCACCCGAUAGCUAUUGGUUUAGUCACCUUCGGGAGACAAGUUCACGAGGUUCAGGAUUUGACAUUGCUGAAGGAACGAUUCCGUGAUAGCCUUAGAACAAUUAUGGCAGAUGGCGACACUCCUUUGUUUGACAGUCUUUCCGUUGCGCACUCGAUGCUGCAAACUUUCAAAGCCGAACAUCCUACUACAGCCUUGCGUAUCAUAUGUUUAACUGAUGGUUGUGACGUUGGAUCCAGUACCUUGCCCCACCAAAUCGCCAAGAAGCUGCAGCGAUCUAAAAUCACAGUCGAUUCGCUUGUGGUGCAAACGGGCGAUCUCACUAAUGUUCUCCAUCCAAUAUCCGUUGUCACAGGAGGAUAUUCGUUCAAAAUUGAUACGCUCGAGAACGCGCUCAAUAUUGUUGAACUAGAAACCGUGCUCCGCAUGAAGGAUCGGCUGGAACGUCCUCGACAACCCAUUGUCCGAAAUCCAUGGCGCCUUUUGGAGUACAAUGAUCUUUCUAAGUACCCUCUGGAUAUUGUUACGGCGGACGAAUGCCCCGAUCGCAAGCCGCACGCGCGGUUACAUGAACCGUUACUUGCCGCAUCGAGGGCCGCCGCUCGGGCCCUUCCACCGAGCACAGACAGGCAACGACGACUAAUGCAAGAGCUUCGAGAAGUCAUGAAUUCACCACAUCCUGCCAUUGACGUUUACUCGGGGAGCGAUCUAGCAUUCUGGAAAAUUGUGAUAGAGGCCCCGAAAGGUUCUCCGUAUGAAGGCGGAACCUUCCUGGCGUAUGUCGACUUCGGCAGCAACUAUCCUCAGUCGGCCCCAGAAGUGCGCUUCAUUACACCAAUCUUGCACCCGAACAUCAACCGGCACGGCAAAGUUUGCCAUGCUGCUCUAGAUAGAAGCUGGGUUGUCGAUAUGACCAUGAAAGUGAUCUUGCAGGUUCUAUACGGCAUUCUGCUCACUCCAGAUACCGAUAACCCUCUCGAUCUUCAUGCCACGAUGGAGUACAACGAUGAUACCGGUAUUCACGCCCAGAGGGUGCACGAGAUGGUUCAGAGACACGCAUUGAAGACUAGAGCAGAAUGGAAGGAGGUGCUCGAGGCAGAGGAUUGA